CAGAUUCUUUUGCUUACAGCUGAUUCGCGCGUCUGGUGCGUCUCAGAACGACAAGUCUGACAGCUGUCACGCAAGAGCGCGCUGAGACUCGAGGCAGUCACAAAAGGAUUUCAGUACUCCUUAUAACGAGCCUGGGCUUGCGGCUCCUUUGCUCACUCCCGCAAGACGCUGGCGAGGGAAAUCGGAACUCCUGGUUUCAGCACCGGGGGGAGGACAGCUCCACUUCCUCACACGCCCGCUAGCUCCGCUACACUUCUCACUCCGCAAACAAACGCGCUACCGUUUUCUCUGAGCAGGUCCUGAACACUUUGCACAUAUGAGCACCCCUGGAACAGCACGAGACUCAUCGCAAGAGUUCCACUAACACACUACGACCACCGGACGUCAGCGAUCCGACUCCAGCUCAAUAUGUACCAGGGCCAUUCGCAGGGGAGAGACGCUAGGGCACAGGAUAAGGCGGUUGCCAUGGUGCUCAAGGAGAUUCCCACUAAGGCAUCCCCCGAAGGAAAACCCCUCCUCACCGUGACAACUAAGCUGGUGGGUGAACAGCAAGAGAGUCGACCUCUCCUCAGCCCCUCCAUCGACGACUUCCUGUGUGAGAGCAAGAGUGACGCAAGCUCUCGCCCUGUGACCUCCAACACUGCAGUGCUCUCCUCCACUCUGGACCUGCUGGACCUGAGUGACCCGGCGGAGAGGAGGAACAGCAAGGACCGGAGGAGUCCGCUGUCUGUGCGGCCCGAGGGGUCAAAGGUCACGACACACAGGAAACGGUCAGUGGAGACAGAGCUGAUCCAGGUGGACGUGGAGCACAACACCACCUCCUCACGCACACAGGACAAGGAAUCAGGAAAUGCUCCCUCCCCUCUGGAGAAGUGGGAGGAGCUUAAUCCCCACCCAGAGAGAACAGGAAGCAGGAAGUGGAAGUUGGAGAGGAGACGCUCAUCAAAGAAUGCCUCCAGCGAGCUGCUUUGGUCUGUAGACAAUAAGGCCCAGUUGGACACCAAAUCCCAACUGGACUCCAACAACAAAGCUGAGGCAGAGGCUACACCUGCUCCUCAGCUCCACAGGCAACUUGUUAGUGGAAGACAUGGUCGUCUGGGUAAAGAGCAGCGAUGGGGCAGCGCUCUUCUGUCCAGAAACCAGUCACUGGAGGAAGAGUUUGAGAGAGCCAAAGCAGCAGUGGAGUCGGAUACGGAGUUCUGGGAUAAGAUGCAGGCGGAGUGGGAGGAGCUUGCUCGACGGAACUGGCUGACUGAGAAUGAUCAGCCACAGAUCCCGUCCACUGUAUCACCAAUGGAGAAGGGCUACUAUUUCCACACUGAUAACCCGUAUAAGGAGUGGCCCAACGCUUUUGAGGAGGGGGUGAGGAAGCGUCGCCAGGGCGACCUGCCCAACGCAGUCCUGCUGCUGGAGUCCGCCAUCUUACAGGACCCCCAGGACUCUGAGGCGUGGCAGGUGCUGGGGACAACACAAGCAGAGAAUGAAAAUGAACAGGCAGCCAUUGUCUCCCUCCAGAGGUGUUUGGAGCUGCAUCCCAACAACCUGACAGCCCUGCUGGCGUUGGCGGUGAGCUUGACCAACACGGGCAUGCGUCAGGACGCGUGUGAGGCGCUACUGCGCUGGCUGCGGCACCACCCCAAACACAAGCACCUGCUCAAGGGCCACACACACAUGCCCUCCUCCCCCCUCACCCAGCGCAGGAUGUCCCGCGUCUCCAACAACAACAGCUGCUCCAUCCUGACCGAGGUGAAGGAGCUCUUUCUGGAGGCGGCUAAGCAGUCUGACUCCAUCGACCCCGACCUGCAGACAGGACUGGGCGUGCUCUUCAACCUCAGUCACGAGUUCAACAAGGCCGUGGAGGCCUUCAACGCAGCCCUCUCUGUCAGGCCAGAGGACUACCUGUUGUGGAACCGGCUGGGUGCGACGCUGGCUAACGGGGACCGCAGUGAGGAGGCAGUGGAGGCCUACAGCCGAGCUCUGGAGCUCCAGCCCGGGUUCAUCCGCUCACGCUACAACCUGGGGAUCAGCUGCAUCAACCUGGGCGCACACAGGGAGGCAGCCAGUAACUUCCUGACGGCGCUGAGCCUGCAGAGGAAGAGCCACAGCGGGCAGCUGUCCCAGCAGGUGAUGCAGGGGAACAUCUGGGCUGCGCUGCGCAUCGCCCUCUCCAUGCUGGACCAGCCCGAGCUCUUCCAGGCCGCCAACAUCGGGGACCUCGACCAGCUCAUGCGCGCCUUCAACCUGGACAUGUGAUUGGCUCCUUCCCUUCGACCCUCCUACACCCCCCCCCCCCCCCCCCGCCUGCACCAAUGAGAGCAGGCGAACCCUUUACUCGUGGGCGGGGCAUAUGUUUGGGGGUGGGAUUUGGAUUUGCACGAUAAAAGCACUAGAAUUUGAGAGACUGUUUGUUUGUUUAUCUUUUUAUUUAUUUGUUUGUUUGUUUUGUUUCCUGCGUACCACUGUAGCGUAGCUCUGCCUGCUGCUGUUCCAGACGGUUCCACUGAGGAACUCAGAACAGCAGCAGAACUAAAUUUGCCUUAGAGAACACACCAUGUAGAACUGAAGCACCUUACAGACGGAACCCCACAGACGCAGCACUGACCUUUGACCCCAAGGGUCAUUUGCUGUCCGUCAUGGGAUGCCAUCUGACCUCUUUAGUGUUUACCUUACCUGUUGUUGUCCUGGAGACCGUUGUUCUGGAGACCGUUGUCCUGGAGACCGUUGUCCUGGAGACUGUGGCACUGCGUGAGCCGAAGCAGCUCCUGGAUCAGGCUUCCAGAAUGUUCCUCUACUCUCCUGCUCUUCCCAACGACCCUACUGCCACUGGUCACUCCACGGGGACAGCCUUACACACACACACAUGCAGACAGACACACACACACACACAUACUGCACACACACACACACAGAUACAUACAUACACACGCAUACAGACAUCCUGUAGUUAGCUGCCUGGAGUGAACGUCUUACUCUAGGUGCAUGCCAUAUGACACCUGUAUGGUACAAACAUAAGCCAUCUUCUGCCUCUGGAUGCAUAUACACUCCACACACACACACAUUUUUUUCACUUUUCUCACUUUUCAGAUCAUCAUUUCAAUCAUUCCAUCCAUCAGCCAACUGAUCUGUCCACACACACACACACACACACAUACACGCAUGUGAUUAGGCUAGUUUGAUUAGCUUCCUUUAUCCACAGAGCAGUCAUGUAAUCUCCUCCCUGUGGGCAUUAGGCUGGUUAGCUGCUUCACUGCAUAUGCAUGUUAAAGAGCACACACACACGCACACACAUUCACUCACACACACACACAAGCUGACUCAGGGCCGAAUCAGCUCUAGUCCAGUGCUCUUCCUUUAGUCAUAUUGCUGUGGAAGAGCAUCUCACUGCACUGAUCCAUACUGCACUGAUCCAUACUGUCUGCCUGAUCCAUACUGUCUGAUCCAUACUGUCUGCCUGAUCCAUACUGUCUGUCUGAGCCAUAGUGUUUAAUCCAUAGAUUUGGAUCCAUACUGUCUGCCUGAUCCAUACUGUCUAAUACAUACUGCCUGAUCCAUGCUAUCUAUCUGAUCCAUACUGCACUGAUCCAUAUUGUCUGCCUGAUACUAUAUGAUCCAUAGAGUCUGAUCCACACUAUCUGUCUGAUCCAUACUAUCUGAUCCAUGCUAUCUGUCUGAUCCAUAGAGUCUGAUCCACACUAUCUGCCUGAUCCAUACUGCACUGAUCCAUACUGUCUGAUCCAUGCUAUCUGCCUGAUCUAUACUAUUUGUCUGAUCCAUACCGUCUGAUCCAUACUAUCUGCCUGAUCCAUACUAUUUGUCUGAUUAAUACUGCACUGAUCCAUACUGUCUGAUCCAUGCUAUCUGUCUGGUGUAUACUGUCUAAUCUCUAUUAUGAGACACCACACACAAACACAUACACUGCAGCACUCACUCAACUGACAUCACCUCCAUCCCAUGCACACACAGCAGAUGAUCCAUACUGAACGAUAAUCAUCCUGAAUGAUUUAAUCAUUAAUUAAU